UAUGAAAAAUAUACAUAACUUCUAUAUUCACCAUAUGAAGAAGGAAGGUAUGUAAUUUUUCGAAAGAUGCUUGAAGCCGAGGUGAUAACUGCUAUCUCAAAAUGUUAUAGCGUUUCAUACUAUCAGCUGAAAAAUAUUAAAAAUUGCUUCACUUAAUAACAUAUGUAAACUUUGCUUUGUACCUUUAAAUUCUAAUCAAUUCUUGACACAAAUCGUUUGAGGUAUAUCUGCUUAAUUCUGUGAAGUUAGGUAUUUAUCAUUUUCGCAACAACAAAUUGUAUUAUCAAAAUUAUUGUUAUUGUCGCGAUAUGAGAUAAGCAGUGUUUGUAAAAUUAAGCUUUUAACAUCACUCAGCAUCAUUCAGUCGAUAAUUCAUAACUAUUAAAGUGGAUACCCUGAACCUUCUAAGCAAUGGAGAAGUGUUUGGACGCUAAACGAAUAUUAGUAACAGGUGGUUGUUCAGGAAUUGGUCGAGGGACUGCAAUAGAAUUAUGGAAACUGGGUGCAGAUGUUGUUGCUCUAUCAAAUCAGUUGGAAUCUCUUCAAAAAUUAAAACACGAGUUCCCUUCCAUUGAAAUAGCCUGUGUGAAUAUUUGUGACUGGAAUAAAACACGAGAAGUGGUGGAGUCAUUAGGGGCUUUCCACGGCUUGGUGAAUUGUGCUGGUUUUAUCCAUAAUCAACCACUAUUGGAAUGCACACCUGAAAUAUUUGACCAAACGAUACAAGUAAAUGUGCGAGCAAUACUCAAUAUAACACAGGCCGUGUCAAAGGAAAUGAUUCAAAAUGGUAUCAAGGGUUCGAUCGUUAAUAUUUCAUCUCAAGCGUCAAUGGCGGCACUUAAGGAUCAUGUAGCAUACUGUACUUCUAAAGGAGCUCUGGAUGCUAUGACCCGUGUAAUGGCGCUCGAAUUGGGACCGCAUGGAAUAAGGGUUAAUACUAUUAACCCGACGGUCGUUAUGACGGAAUUAGGUCGUCGAGCUUGGGCCGACCCAAAUAAAGCUCAAACAAUGCUAUCUAAAAUACCUUUGGGCAGAUUUGGCGAAGUACAUGAAGUAGUUAAUGCUAUCGUUUUUCUACUAAGCGACAAAGCAAGUAUGAUCAGCGGAGUUCAACUCCCUGUGGAUGGAGGCUUCCUUGCUACAUAAAAAUAGAAAUAAUAAUGAACA